UGUCACUGCCAUUCCAAGGCUCACAUCCUGUACAUCCACGUCUUCGUCAAGCUCUACACAAUUGAUUCAAGAUGUUUCGAAACUCUUAUGAUUCGGACAACACUACCUUCAGUCCUCAAGGUCGACUGCAUCAGGUGGAAUAUGCGCAAGAAGCUGUCAAGCAGGGAUCGGCCGCAGUGGGACUCCGCUCCAAAACUCAUGCUAUCCUCCUGACACUCAAGCGAUCUACCGGGGAGCUUGCCUCGUACCAAAAGAAGAUGAUCAGGAUCGAUGACCAUGUCGGCGUGGCGAUCGCCGGGUUGACCAGCGACGCUCGAGUCUUGAGCAACUUUAUGAGGCAGAAGGCGAUGCAAUCCAGGAUGCUCUACGCGCGUCCAAUCCCGGUCGGGAGGAUUGUACAGAGCAUCGCUGAUCGAGCUCAGACGAACACCCAGUAUUAUGGAAAGAGGCCUUAUGGUGUCGGAUUCCUCGUCGUGGGAGAAGAUGAGACCGGUCCUCACCUCUUUGAGUUCUCUCCUACUGGUGUUUUCUACGAAUAUCACGCACACUCGAUCGGAGCUAGGAGCCAGAGCGCCAAGACCUACCUUGAAGACCACUAUGCCGAGUUUGAGGACUGCUCCUUGGAGGAUUUGAUUCAGCAUGGUCUGAACGCGCUCCGUGACACCCUGCAGCAAGACAAGGCGCUCACGCAACAGAACACCUCGAUCGGUAUCGUGGGACCGAGUUCAACCGGCAAGAAGGCGAACUUCAGGACUCUGGACGACGAGGCCGUCGAACCUUAUUUGGCCGAAAUGAGGACCAGGCAGGGGAUCAGUGCCGAAGCGGAGACGGGUGCCGGCGAUGACAACGAUGAGGGUGGUGCCGCUGGAGGCGCUGCCAUGGCGGUCGAAGGCGAGGGUGCUACCGCUUCCACCGCAGAGAGCGGCGCAAAUGCUCCUGUUGCCAACGAUGGAGAUGGCGACGUUCAAAUGCAAGGUUAAACCGGAUGAUUGGGUGAUAUAUUAUGGCUAUCUGACACGACAUGACGAAUCA